AUGGAGUCUAUGCUCGAACAAGAAGAAACACUCAAUCAUUUUGAUGAGUCAGAUGAAGAGGAGAUUCUGGAUGAAAUCGUUGUGAACACAGGCACGCAGGAUGGACCAGACGGUGAGGACGACGAAGAUGCAUGUGAAAGGUCAGGAGAGCUAGGUUAUAUAACGCCGCCACUGACAGAUCCGGAGCUUGAAGAGAGCCCAGAGGCAAUAUUCACAGCCAAUCUUCCAAUUCGCCACCGAUCCGGCCAUCCUGAGGGGGUGGAUACUAAAGGCCACAACUCAAACUGCUGCGACUACAAAGUUGAGCAGGUCAGGGCCAACUAUCGAUUCCACGAAUUCCAUCCGAUUCGAAUUGAGACAGCAGUCCAUGGUGCAUUUAAUGCUGGGAUUAAGUUUCAACCGCAUAAGAGAGACCUACCAGAAGCUCCAAAGACCAUGAAGGACCUGGAAGGCCAUCCGUUCAAGGAUCAAUUUGUCAAGGCACAGCAAGAACACCUUGCGUCACAUAGCCAGAUGGAUUCCUUUCUUGAGGUGCCUUGGUCACGAGCUAAAGGUCAAAGAGUUUUAAGCUGCAUGUGGAUGGAUGCUGUCAAUGCAUUUGUCAAUUGCGAAUUAGACGAAGUUGUCUAUAUGCGUAUGCCGCCAGCCAUUUCAACAAGACCAGACAUCGCAUUCGCGGUCAGCCGAUUAGCACGACAUAACCUGAAUCCAAGCGAUGUACACCACAGAGCAGCGGAUAGAGUGAUCCAGUAUCUCUACUCCACAAGGUCAUAUGCUAUAAGACUUGGAAGAAAUACUCAAAAGAGCAACAAACCAGCGGAAAUUUUCAUCGGCUCGAGUGACGCAUCAUUCGCCGACAAUACAGAAGAUCGAAAGAGCUCACAAGGCUACGUACUAAGGCUAUACGGCGGACCGAUUGCAUGGAAGGCAUCGAAGCAGACCACCGUAACAACCUCAAGUACAGAAGCUGAGCUACUUGCAGCUUCGGAAGCAUCCAAAGAGAUGAUAGCUGCAGGAAGAUUGUUCAAAGCUUUGAAAAUUAAGCUAAAUGAGCCUUUGCUACGAUCCUUAGAAAUUCAAUUGGACGAGCCAUUGCAAUUGGAAAUUGACAAUAGACAGACGAUUAGGCUGUUAGUUGAAGAGUCAGCCAAGUUGACCACCCAGCUUCGUCAUGUUGAUAUUUACCAGCACUGGCUACGCCAACAAGUUCAAAAUAGUCGAAUUAGGGUGCGUUGGGUGGAAUCGAAGGACAUGGUAGCGGACGGGAUGACGAAGGCGUUACCCAAGGUGCGACACAUUGAAUUCUUACGGCAAUUGCAAAUCGAAGAUAUUCGAAACCGCAUUGGCAAUGAAGCCAAGCUGGAAGAAGCUCGAAGCAAGGUGCACGAGAGAUUUCAAAGCCCUGACAACAAAUUAGACCUUGAAGUGAAGCUAGGUGCGAAGGGAGGCAAAAGAAUGCCAAACCCGGGAGGCCCAGCUGCUAAAACGCGCUGA